AUGCCACCCAAUAUUCCAGCGUCGCUGGCCAUAUACAUCCAAGCGUGUUUGGAGUACCGUGCUUCGACAUUGAUCACAUCGAUACUGAACACGCCGUCGACAUGGCUGGUUUUACGUAUGGUGUACGCUGCGCUUUACGGCGCUGCGGAGGAUUCAGCAGCGUUAGGUCAGUACACAGCACCCGGCGGCAACACCACCACCACCACCACCACCACCAACAACAACAAUGAAACCAGACCAGUGAUCUUUGUGAGUCUACUUAGGUCGUUGAGCCUAUGGGUUGAAAUGGGUAGAAAGGUGGGUCUUGAUAUACCGUUGCUACUCAAACGCAAGAGCAUCAUCUACAUUGACGGUAUGAGUCUCGAUGGUGGUGUGGCACCUUCGAGUUCCGGAACUUCAGAAGUCUCGACUCUACCUACACUCAAGCUCAAAUCACUCUCGUUACGUGACAUUCAAGAAGCUGUCACGACCGGUUUGAGGACCCUAUCUUCCACAUCCACACCGACAAACACGUCUGCUGCUACUACCUUGCCACGGUCGACAACUUCUGGUGCUCUUACGCCUCGGAUACCUCUUCCGCCAUCCUCCUCGUCGACCUCGAGAACGUCCGCACCGACAGCUACAUCCACGACGCCACUGCCGACAACGAUGAGCACGAGUGGUCCUCUCAUAUUCAUAGACGGAGUCGACUUCAUCCUCGCUUCGCAACCUUCAGUCACCCCUUCGACGCUCGACUCGUUUUUAGGGGCUUUGCGGACUCAGGGUGCACACGCUUUGGUGGUCACUGGCCAAGCUGAUGCGCCGUUGUUGCAUUCGGCUGUAUCUGGAGAUGGAGACGUUGCUGUCGGGGGGGCAACACCUCUGGAGCGGGCGCAUGCACAUUUUAUGACGACUCAGGCCCACCAGAGUAGGUGGGUUUGGCAACUUCGCGGCUUGGACACGGGAAGUGCAAAGGACGUCACUGGCGUCAUGAGAGUGAGUCGGGGAGGGAGUAUGGACUUUGACGAAGAGGAUGCGGCGGGAAGUCUCACAGAUAUAGAAAGAUUGUAUCAGCUCAAAGGUGAUGGAUCUGUCAGGACAUGGAGUCGUGGCGAAUAGACUCUCUGUACGAUUACAAUAACGUCGAAACGAUCCCUACGAUACCAUGAAGUACUUUUGUUCAACAGUUCGCUACGCUGCAGGUGCUCUUGUUGUUGU